AAGGCGAGGCCAAUUGGUCAACAACUUUCAAGGCUCGCACACUAACAAACCAACUCUUUCUCUUCUUCUAGGACCCUCCGGCUGUAGUUCUAUAUCUAUUCACUUAUUUUAGUGUCCUCUAUACUGCCCCUGUUUGAUUCAGGUGGUUUUAUACCUACUCCAGUCAGACAGUUUGUCCUACUCUUUAUGGCUAGUGCUUCUGUCAAUGGCUGGUGUUGACAGCAGCAGGAGGGGAGACUGGGCCAGCAAUAGUUCUUUUAACUUUGAUGAUCAAUCACCUGUAGCAUCCCCAGUAGCUGGACAAAAGAGAGGCACUCCUCUCACGAUGGAUGGUGGUGACAGUACAGAUGCUGAUAUCAAAAGGUUCAAAGGUCCUUUGCCUCCAUGUCUAUCGGAGACGGCCAGUAGCGCCGCAGCCUCAUGUACGACAGCUGCUCUUUCUCCCAUCAGUACUUGCAGUACCAGUACUUGUGAAGAGGAGAUUGAGGAAGUCUCUCCGUUUCUUUCCCCUGCCAUUGAUGACUGGCUGAGUACCUUCUCUGGCUGGCCUGGAGAGCACAGGAACCAAGCUCUUCAGAAACUGAUCAAAAUCUGUGAUUCUACUCAACUCAAGAAUCUCAUGGAGAAGAUACAGCCCCAGUUUCAGAGGGAUUUCAUAUCACUGCUACCCAGAGAGUUAUCUCUUCAUGUUCUUUCUUACAUGUCACCCCGUGAUCUGCUAAUAGCUGCCCAGACUUGUAGAAUGUGGAGGACACUCUGUGAUGAUAUACUUCUGUGGAAGGAGAAGUGCCAGCAGUGCAAUAUAUCAGAGGCUGUGUAUGGUAAUGUCGGAAAGAAGAGGACCUGUAGUUUAGUCUACAAUCCUUGGAAAGAUAUGUAUUUGACAAAACACUGGAUUGAGUACAAUUGGCGUCAUGCUAGUGUACAGGAACAUCCACGACUCAAAAUUCUCAAAGGCCACGAUGACCACGUGGUAACUUGCCUACAGUUCAGUGGUAAUAGGAUUGUGAGUGGCUCCGACGACACUACUCUUAAGAUAUGGUCUGCAGUCAAUGGAAGAUGUUUAAAGACACUCCAGGGGCACACAGGUGGUGUCUGGUGUUCAGAGUUUAAUGGUCACGUUGUGGUCAGUGGAUCAACAGACAGAUCAUUAAGGGUAUGGAAUGCUGAUACUGGUGAAUGUAAAUAUAUUCUUCAAGGACAUACUUCCACUGUCAGAUGUGUAGCCAUGCAUAAUACAACAGUUGUAAGUGGUUCACGAGAUGCUACCCUAAGAGUCUGGGAUGUCGAUUCAGGUCAAUGCACUACCGUUCUUCAAGGACACUUAGCAGCUGUGAGAUGUGUUCAAUUUGAUGGCCAGUAUGUUGUCAGUGGCGCUUAUGAUUUCUUAGUCAAGAUAUGGGACCCAACGGAAGGAACUUGCCUACAUACGCUACAGGGACACACUAACCGGGUCUACUCUUUACUGUUUGAUGGUACCCACGUCGUCAGUGGUUCUUUAGAUACGUCCAUUAGGGUCUGGGAUGUUAAAACUGGCCAAUCUAUUCACACGCUCGUCGGUCACCAGUCAUUGACUAGUGCAAUGGAACUGAAAGGGAAUAUUCUUGUGUCAGGGAAUGCUGACUCAACGGUUAAGGUGUGGGAUGUUGCCAGAGGUUAUUGCCUCCAUACGCUACACGGUCCUCAUAAACACGAAAGUGCUGUCACUAGUCUCCAGUUCACGGAGAACUUUGUUGUUACGAGUAGCGACGAUGGAAGCGUGAAGCUAUGGGACAUGAAAACUGGCGAGUUCAUUAGAAACCUAGUCUGCCUUGACGGAGGAGGAAACGGUGGAGUGGUGUGGCGGGUCAAGUGCAACGAGCAUAAGUUAGUUUGUGCAGUUGGGAGUAGAAAUGGAAUAGAAGACACUAAACUAAUGGUGCUGGACUUUGAAUGCAUAUGAAGAACAAACCUCCUCCUCCUAUGUCCAUAUAACAUUAUUAAUAUUAUUUCAAUUAUGAAAUUAGACUUUAUUGUCACUCUGUAUAAUCUCCUUCAAA